CGGGAUUCUGAAACAGAAGAGAAUUCCUCUGAACACGUAUUUCAACGCAUUCUAACGUAUAUACAAAAGUACGUCAUUAUUUUAAGGACACCCUGUAUAAAACGAGCGAUCAAGGAAGAGAAUCUCGAUCGACCAAUCACGAAACGGACGAGUCUAUUUCGAGUCGAGCGCCGUUAUUACUCCCAUAGAAACUACUCUCGUUUAAUUUUUUAUCCAUAGGAUAUUUCUCUCUUCCGAUCGAUUAUUCGUUGAAACCUUGAAGGAGCUACGAUUUGGCGUUAAGCUCGCAUCAUCGAGUCCAUAUAUCCGUACGAUCGAGAAAAUAUAACGAAAGAAUCCGAAAUGGACGAGUCCAUUUUUCUCGGGGUAUUAUCCGUGGUAAGAGACGCGUCGACGAAUCACGAAGCAGGACUAGACGAUCGUCAAGAAUUUUCGACCAAUCGCAUGCGCCCUUUCGCGCGACUCGUUACGAUUCUUCGUCAGUCGAUUGUUUCGUUCGUUAAGAUUCACUUCGACGAUCGGUGCUCCUCUGUUAAACGCUCCAAUCAUGCAGAGAAAAUUGAUGAUAUUGCCGACAAAUAGCAGCUACAUCUUCUUCUAUUCUCGGCCAUCGCCUAUGGGUGCUAAUUUGAGAAGACACACGAUACGUCGCGUUAUUGCGGCGACAUUACGGCGCCAUGCAGCAGAGGACGUAUGUACUACGUUAUACGUAGGUACAUAUCUCGAGGUGAAGAGGGGGUUUAUGUUAACGUCGAGUCUGAUGAGCAUCGUCGACGGUUCGAGAGUAUCAAGGUCCUCUCUUCUAUUGUUCUCCCCUCGAUGCGAUCGAGUCACCUGGAUGUCACGCAAUUCUUCGCUUACCUCGUCGAAAUUUAUUCGAACGAUGUGCGAAUACCUGGAGAAACGUACGUUUAGUCAUUGUUCGUGUCUUUCCAAAGAAGAAACGAUAAAGAAGGAAAGGAAUGCGGAGCUGACCGGAGCGUUAUAAUUCAAAGGAAAUGCGCUAGUUUCUUCGCACAGACGACGACGACGACGACGACGACGUUCUCCUUCUCCAUUCUGUUGUACACAUCUACGGACAGACGAAUGAAGGAACUACGAAGGAAUGUACCUACGUCUCGUACAACGAAGGGGAAGAAGAAGAAGAAGAAAUGAGGAGGGAAUAUAUUUAGAAAAGCUAGCACGCCUUGACAUCGCUCGUUCGUCGUGGCACCCUUGCGGAGGCUUUUAAAGGGUGACUCGACAUUGCGAAACGAAGGAAGAGGAUAUUAGAGAAGGCACAGGGGUUGGUUCGUUAGUGGAAUUGGGCUGCAAUCUAGGAACAGUACGGACACAGUAGGGAACGGACACGAUUCUCUUUUUCCCCGCCUAUUCGUCCCUCUUUAGCUCUACACUCUCACCUCCUCCCCCUCUCCCUCUACUCUCGUCUUUUCGGCUUUCAGAGUCGCAGAGUCACGGAAGACUACACUCUAGGUAGCUUGUUAAGGUCUCUAGUAUCCGACGACGACGACGACGACGACGACGACGACGACGACGACGAUGACGACGACGACGACGAUGAAGAAGAAGAAGAAGAAGAAGACGAUGACGACACCAUCGUCCUCGACAGCCACUCGCUUCUCGUGGUGGUGUAGUCGUACCGACGUCUCUAUCCCUUAUCUAUACAAGGAGGAGGACGUUCAAUCGACGCGACGCUGUCAUCGAACGAAAGAUGGAUGAUCAUUUUUAUGGUGAAGCGUGUCUUCGGAUUUUUGUGUACGCGCAAAUUUGAAUACAUUCGUACUAAUUAGAAUAAAAUUAAUUCACGCAAACGUAAUUAACGAUAAGGUAGCACGCUUAUUAGCUUCUUGUUUGAAAUUCUAAAACUAUCGAAAGAACUCGUAGAACCAGCCGGCGAACUUUAUUAUCUUCAGCUACCGAACGUAAGAUACGAAAGUCAUUAUUGCGAGCAGGAUGAGAAGAAGAAGAAGAAGAAGGAGAUGAACGGAGUGCGGCCUCAAUUGAAAAAUAUUACUUUUCCGGACGCGGAACGACGAGGGAAAAAAAAUUAAAUCGCAUCGACCUUUCUUAAUUACCUUUUGCGGUAUUAUGCGAGAAAAAGAGGACAGGGGAAAAGAAAGAAAGGGGAGUGGGAAAGGGAAAAGGGAAUUAAUCUCACCUUCCCUUCUACCUCUUUUUCUGAAUGUUGCAAACGCGAAAAGAUAUAUCUCGGUCGUUUUAUUGAACCGCCGCGGCCCAUCGUUCCUCUCUCUCUCUCUCUCUCUCUCUCUCUCUCCUCCGUCUUUAUUAUAAUAAUAGUCUGAAUAGUAGUAGCGAGUCGAAUGGUUUCUAUCUUUAGAAUUGUUUCGCGUAAAACGUUUAACGUUUUCGCGUAAUGUCUACCAUUUAUAUUACUGAAUAUCAUUCCACUAUCGAGAACAAUGGACGCAGCAGCCAACGCUCUAGCCAUCUUAUUUAAGCUCGAACGAGCGACCUUUUCAACGAAUAGUAAAUCAAGCCGCUGACAGGAAAAGUACUUACUUACCUACCUACCUACCUACCUACCUACCUACCUACCUACCUACCUACAUAUUCCUAUAUAUUCAGCCGUUCGAAUGUGAAGAGGGGAUUGUAGAAAUUUAGCUGCUGCAAUUCCAUCUUUCAACAUCCGGGUUGCGUCUGUUUUUCUUCCCGUAGGAGUAAUUUCUAUGAAGGGACCGGGAGGAAUAUUCGUGGUAGGGCUCGCGGUCCGAACGAACGAUCGGAAAAAGAUCUGGGGGUGGUGCUUUUUGAGAUAUCUCAUUCAUUUUCGGAAGGCUGGAAGAAAAUAUCGGGCGCACUCCGAGCGCGAUGCUUUUUAUAAUAGUAGGUUGCCGAGAUGACGCUCUUUGUAUUUAUUUCUUUUUCUCCAUGUAGAAUAGUUACGUCCAUUCGUAUAUGUUUACUCCUUUUCUCUUGGCAAGUUCUUUUGGCAAAACGAUCGAGAGCGAAAGGAACGUCGAGCUUGUGUUCGAGAAAAGCAAUACUAGAAACGUUACUCCGUGAAAUUUGUUAGCUCGGUAUGGAUAAGAAAGUGCGAGUGCAAGUUGGACGGAACUUUUAUCAGGAAAAGAAAAAGACCGGCUUUUCUCUUCCAACGAAAAGCUUUUAAUAGUUGCCUUCCGACUUUUUCUCUCGAAUCGUUUCCCACCUACUACAAGCACGCUUUCGCAAUUACUUUUUAAUUCUAACGAACGUUAGUCAAACUCGUUUCUUCCUUGCCUUCUUCUUCCGUGUAGAAAAUGUGUCGAUUGGUCGCGACGUCACCUCACUCCCGCGGUGCUUGCAGAUUUUCUCUUGUGAAUCGAAUAAUCGACUGCAAUGCACAACGGAAUUGAGAAGACAACGCGUUCUUUAAAAGUCCAUCUCGAGUCUUCGAUGUCGAUUUAUCGAUACUUUUUCUUUUUUCAUCUUCUUUUUCUUCUUUUCAUUUCCCAAAGGAGAAUCUUCUUACAUCCUUUGCACGUUGUUUCUUCCUUUUUGCUCAUCUUCCUCUCUCUCUCUCUCUCUCUCUCUCUCUCUCUUUUGUUACAAAAAACGUAAACAUUCGACUUUGCGAGAGUCCCGAAAGCGAUAACCUCGUUAAAGGACGCUCUUUUCGUCAUUGUUUUCUUACUACUACGUAGGUAUACACAUCUGGAACCUCUUGGAAUUGAAAAUACAUUAAAUUACUACUUCAGUCUGUCGUCGUCCGUUGGAUCGAUCGAACGAAAAUAAGAUAAGAGCGAGCUAGUAUAGAUUUCGAGGCUUUUUUUCCAAGCUGAUUUUCAACAGACAGAUGAUAUUCGAUUAAAUCGAUACCGUGAAUGACGAGAGUUUGAUGGAUUAAAAAAGGGGAUGACGCAAGACAAGAAAAGAGGACAAAGCGAAAAUUUGCUUAUGCACCGUGCCUGAAAAUACGAAACGCGAGGAUGAAGAGCUUUGUACGCGGAUUACCGUCGUCGUCCGUCUUGCUACGUCUCCUCCUUAUAUUCCUCUUGAUCGUGGCGCACCACGGGCGAGCCGAAAUGGAAGAGAGCAACGGCGAUCCUAUCGCUUUGUUGCACAAGACCUUGAAAUACUGGCGCUGGAUCUACGAGACUUAUCGCGAGGAAAUAAAGUUGGGUUAUUGCUGGGCCGAUUAUUUUCUCGGAUCGAACGACAUUGAGACCGAUUUCAUCUCGCGUAUCAUCGAGAACGAGUUAACGAACUUGAAAGAAAUGUCGAUUCGAAGAAAAUGCAAGAACGAUUCGAGAUACUGCGAAGAGGAUUUUUCUUAUGGAAAUCCUUCCCGGUACGGCAUUGACGCUAAAUCAUCGUUUCGUCAGAAUUACGUAGAAGAAGGAAGCUCGAAAAAGGAUUUCGAAGAAAUUUCUCGAGCGAAUAUCGAAGAGAGAUAUCCUCUUCCCCAACGAGCGACUAUCGAUCAGGAAGGUAAUUUGGAAAAUGGUUUAAACCAUUGGUCGACUCUCCCGAAUUAUCCUUCUCAAUUUACUUCGAGAUCGAGCGAUAAACGUUCACGUCGUUGGAGCGACCACGAAGCUGCUGCUGCUGCUGCUGCUGCAUCCGUCAAAGUCGCUUAUCAAGGAUAUUCCGUAAAGCCGAAAGUUUUCUCCUUGUUAAAUAAAAAGUUAACUAUGGAUCGUGAAUCUUCCUCGAGUGAAACAUCGUCCUCGACGGAUACGGACGUAGCAGGGCAUUUGGGAUUUUUGUCUUCUCGAAAAGUUUCCGUUCUAGAUAAAGGGAUGGCUCGUCGAUCCUCGUAUUUCGAUAAAACCGAUCGCGAAGAAACAACGGCUUUGUCGUUAUCCGUAGAGAAAUAUGAACGCAACCUGGACACUUUGAACGUUACCGUCGACCAAAAUCGAGAUCGGCGAUCUUUGAAAAAGAAUUUGAAAGCUCGAAGCGGUCGAUCGUUUACGAGUAUCCUAUCGACAACGGCCGAGCAUCCAAUUUUUAUCGAAAUUUUAAGGACUUUAACUGUAUUAGCUCGCAUGGGUCAACUGAUAAUAGAUAUCGUAGACUCAAGCGAGGUUCUCAGAUGUACCAGAGACUAUAUCUUGAAGAAGACGAUCGAAUGGAUAGACGCAUAGGGAGGGUGGGUAACACCUUAUCGAGGGAUCUUGUUUUUAAAACGAUCAACUAUCUUUAUUGUAAUUAUAUUUCACGCGUGUAUUUGUGUAAAAAGUUACAAAAUAAUAUUAAGUAGUAAUGAUAUCAUAACCGAGAUCGAACGUUCGAAUAUUAAUUUUAAUAAAACUGUUGCGUACCCGAUGAAAAUUCGGGUUUCUAAUUCGUUUUUAUCAAUACGAACAAAUUAUAUCGUGUUUAGAUAGCAGUACGUCUCCUCCACUAAUUUACGAUAGGAUCUACGAUAUAUUCGUGGCCCCGUGAUCCGAUUUACACAACGAAUAAUCCAUAUCCUCGUAUUCCCCGUUGUUGUUAGAGGGAGAACGCAUCACGGGGACAAUUUACCAUUGUAUCUCUCCGUAGAAUACGGAGAGGGUUGGCGAUCGUUUAGACCGAUAUACUCGAAUUCACUCGAGGAAGGGACGCUACCUCGAUGGGAUUGGUUCGCCUUCGAGAUGCACAAUUAAGAGGCUCAAAGAGAACGGAUCGAACCUUCGAGAGAACGAGAGCUAGAGGGUGAGAUGAGGAAUGUAAGGAGGGAUAAACAGGGAAAGAGGCGCCGAUGGGUCUACGCUAGCAGUCGAUAUAGUCGGAACGCAAGGAAUGAAUUUUUGAAACCACC